GUUUAACAACUAAGAAGAAAGCACUUCAUGUCACUCCAAAGAGUAAAUAUCAAGUUAUGGAUUAACUAACUUCCAACAGAGCUCAUGGAGGAAGAACAGAUCACACUGAUUCCCACUGAAUAAAGCAGUGAUCCCUGCACAGGAUGUGGAAGCUCCUCACCGCGGGGCUGCUGCUGGCUGCCUGCUUUUCACAAGGCUGUGGCUCCUCAAUAUUUUACAGCAGUAAAGAUGCAAAUCAAGUCCUGAGAAUCCAGAAGCGGGCAAACAGUUUCCUGGAGGAGCUCAAGCCAGGCUCUGUGGAGCGUGAGUGUGUUGAAGAGCUCUGUGACUUUGAGGAGGCCAGUGAGAUAUUUGAAACCAGGGAAGCAACACUAGAUUUUUGGAGCAAGUAUGUAGAUGGAGAUCAGUGUGAGCARCACCCUUGUUCCAAUGGGAUCUGCAAGGACAAUAUUGGAAAAUUUUCCUGCAUCUGUAACAAAGGCUGGGAGGGGGYUUUGUGCAAUUAUGAGAUCAAAUACACCAACUGUUCCAUGGAUAAUGGGGGAUGUGAACAUUUCUGCAGGGAGGACCCUGCGAAGCAGCAUCGCUUGUGUAGCUGUGCAUCGGGGUAUCAGCUCAAGGAUGACCACACCAACUGUGAGCCUGUAGUGGAGUUCCCUUGUGGAAGAGUGAAGUUGGACUACAUUGAAGCCAAAGCAGACUUCAAUAUUCGGCUCAUUGAUGGAACAGUUGGAAGAAAGGGAGGCAGCCCUUGGCAGAUUAUGCUGGAAAAUACUGAAGGAACAUUUCUGUGUGGGGGUGUUCUCAUCCAUCCAGCAUGGAUCCUAACAGCAGCACACUGCCUUGAGAAACAUAAAGGGUUCAGAGUAAAACUUGGUAAAUUCCGUUUCCGUCCUGAGGCAGAYGAGCAAACCAUUUGGGUUGACAAAUGGGUGACCCACGAAAAUUACACCAAGAAGACCUCGGAUAAUGACAUAGCCAUGCUGCACUUGGCUGAGCAUGUGAUGUAUUACACAUACGCGCUCCCCAUCUGCCUUCCCACCCGCAGCCUGGCAGAGCAGGAGCUGAUGAGGAGUGGGAAGCAGAUGGUAGUGACAGGCUGGGGCAGCAAGAGUGAGCGUAACAACAGCUAYGCUGCUUCCCUCAGGUACAUUGAAAUCCCCAUCGUGCCCCGGAAUGAGUGCAUCCAGGCCAUGAGCUCCCCAAUCUCUGACAACAUGCUGUGUGCUGGGAGCCUGGGARACAGGAAAGAUUCCUGCAGUGGGGACAGCGGAGGCCCUAUGUUCACUAGAUACAGGGAUACUUGGUUUUUAGUAGGACUUGUGAGCUGGGGUGAAGGCUGUGGAAGAAAGGAGAAAUUUGGAGUCUACACCAAAGUUAGUCAAUACCUUGAAUGGAUCCAGCACCACAUAGAUAUGUCAGCUCCUUCGAAGGGUUGAUUCUGGCCCAGAGUCUGGAAUGUUGUGGCUCUGUGCUAAUAACAGUAUGUGGUGUAAUGUACUGUCAGAUCUUCAGUAUUAAAUAUUGAGUGUGUGUUAACCUUG